AUGUCCACGCAAUCAACAUCCAUUCUCAUGGCUUUCUAUCAUGUUACAGCGAUUGAGGACUGGACUUGUGCUAAUAUUACGAAUUAUUAUCAAGAAAAAACGGGGGAAAAAGAAAGGAAGAAAGUACUUGAUUACAUAAAAAAAGAUAUCGGAAAAAUAUUAAAUUCUGAUGUUGAUUUCGAUAUAUUGCGUAAAAAUAAAGCACAAAAAAUUCUUGAUAAUUGGAAGCCUUCGAACAGUUAUGAACUCUUUGUUCGACGCUUAGUGCAAGCUGGACUCUUUGUCUACAGUGAUGAGCUUUUAGUUCGACACUUCGCGCAAGCUAAUUGGUCUUCACCAAAGAGUUCAGAUUCAGAUCUAGAUUCGCAUACAUGUGUGAAAAUUGGACAUUUACAGAUAGAUCGGCUUGCAACUGAUUCUGCGACUCAAGUCAACAAUAAUGAUUGUAAAGAUAUAAAUUUUGCAUGCGAUAUUACGAAGGGAACUGAAGACGGUGUGAGAAAUAUUAAUACGGAGAAAAAGGAAGUACCAAUUGUAUAUAUCCAACCAAAAAAUUUAAAAAGAAAGUGGGAUGCCGAUAAAGAAAAUUUGGAAUUAAAUGGAGGUUCAAAUAACAACAAUAUAAAAUCAACGGAUUUGGAAGAUUUGGAGCUUAAUAAUGAUAUAAAUAUUGGAGAAAAUGAAAUUUCGGAUUUUUAUCCGCUAAGUGAUGAAGAAUCAGAUAUCAAUGAGGUAGAAUCUGGUAGUGAGUCUCCCGUACAAAAAUAUCCGAAUGUAGAUAGUCCGAAAGAUGAUUGGCUCUUACCUUCAGGAAAAUCAGUAAGAAGUAUAAUCUAUGGACAAAAGAAUCUUCACAAAUCACAUCCGUCACAUUUUGGAAUAAUACGUAUUGGUGCCAAAGUUCGUAAGCCCGAAUGGAUAGAGGAUAAAGAUUGGAACUAUUUGACUUCAAGUGUCGAAUUCCCACACUUUAAAUUGUCAUCUAACACAGAAGAAUUACUAAAGUUACUUUUAGAUACUGACUCUUUAACCGAAUAUAAGAAAGUCAUUCGUGAAGCAAAAUAUAAAAAUGAUAUCGAUGCAGAAAUGGAAUUUGUUACAGAUGUUCUUUGGUGGUUUACCAAUAAUAUAUUUAAUACCGCAUCUGCUUUUCACGGUAUACAUAAAAACGAGGCGCUUUUAGGAUCAUCAAUGAUUCACCCAAUAUUACAGUACCUCAUGAAUACAACCGACCGUAUUACAUAUAUUCCUGGUGAAGUUUAUCUAAAAGCAAAUGCUAAUCAAAGAUUAUUGAGGCGUAAUUUAAAAUCUGAAGACGACAAACCUUUAGGUAUGAAGGUGGACGGUAUAUUUCAUACCCCAGGAAAUAAAGGACUUGAAAUUGGAAUGGUUGAGUUAUCGGGUGGUUAUUUGACUUCGGACAUGCCUCGAUAUGUAAAAGACCAUGUUAAAGGUUGUUGGGGGUGUCGUGAUAUUCUAAAUGAUAUUGUGAAAAAAUACAAUCGCGGAGAUUAUAAAAUUUUGAGAAAGUUACGUACAUGGUUCUUUCACAUACAUGGACAAGAGGUACAGGUGUGGGGAAUGGAUCUGCCCGUUUCAAAAGUUUAUAGAAUGUUUUUAAUUGGUACAUUCUAUUUGCCAAUUAAUUGGGAUGAACAUUAUGAAUUGGUGCAUGCAUUAAGAAUUUUAUGGAAUUUGGGAAGAGGCUUAGAUAACUCCUUUAAGCUACUCGAAGAAUUUAAAAAAUCACAUCGUCGCAAUACCGCAUUGCAUUCACGGUCGUCGAUAUUGAAAGACUAUGUUAGUAAUGUAAACGAGAGUUCACCAUUGAAUCCAACCGGUAAAAGAGCUCGAACAAUAAAUCCUCAUUCUCUUACACCUAAUGAUCAUGGUGAUAGUAAUGAUAACGAUCCACCUUCACCGUCUCCAUCGGGUGCAGAUAUUUCAGCCGAGAAUGCAGAGCUCAAAGCUGAAUUAGUCAAAUUAAGACAUGAUUUCGAUUCCUCCAAUCUCACGAGGCUUCAGCAACCACAGCACGUUACUAACGCGCAGAACUCGUGCUCUGGAGAAGAAAAGAUAUCAGAGGUAACAGUUGUACCACAGCCAGAUGCUGAGCCCGAGAGGCGCUUCGCUUCGCAUGAUAUACCUGAUCCUGUAAUGGGUCAGUCCAUAAAUGGAACAUCUAUGGACAUUUCUUCUGUAACGAAGGACAAAAACUCUCAAUCACAUAAGAAGAGGGAAGCGGAGAAUAUUGUACAGGAUGCAUUUGAUUUCACAGCUACUUCGGUAACUGAGAAAAAUCAUAUGACUAAAAUUUCCAUGACUUCCCAUGAUCGGGGAGGCCUUAUUAUCGAUUCCGAAGAGGAGAUUUCGAAUGAUCAGGAUAAUAUAUUGGAGGAGCAAGCAAAACCCUUGGUUUCAGCAACACGGGCUGAGGAUGACUUUGACAAAAUUAUCAUGGAAGCUUUCGAGGAAGAAGAGGCUAGGAUAGAGAAAGAAAGACAGAACAAGGCGACAUCAAAUGUAGUAACUCCAGCUAAG